GGACAGAUCGCCACUGCUUACAGUCUCCCCUUUUCCUCGCCUCUUCCCUUCAUCUUGCAAACGAUUCAUCUCUCUCGCGGCAUCAAUGCGGCCUUUGGCCUUUUCGCAUUACAGACAGGCUCGCUGAGAAGACAGGACAAGCCGAGGAAACUUCCAGGCUACGACUGCCAAGGAGCCCCGGCCGCUCAAGCAGGUCAAUCAACCAUGCUGACAUGAUUUUUCCAAGUCCAUAACUAUUAUAUACCAGUCUUUCGUUAACUGCACAUAAGUCAGCAUUCUGUAUAUUUGUUUGGUUUUUUUUAUCUUGUUCUUUACCCUAGUCCAGCCAAAUCGAUCUCCGCGAACUCCCCAGCCAUGCUCUUUGGCCCCCGCAGAACGCGCAAUCCCCGCCGUCGCACUCAAACGAAAGCCAUCAUCUUCACCAUUCUGGUCAUCUAUGCGCUUUAUUUCCUGUUCUUCUCAGACUCCCAAUCUGCCCGGCAGCUGGGAGUGUCCGAUGAUAAGGCCGCCUACGCUGGAUCUAGAGAUCGCGCAAAACAAGAUGCGCGGGAGCGUCCCGCGGUGCGAAGGCGCAGGGAUAUGGUCUUGGCCAGUAUGAAACGGGAUAAUACGUCGUGGUUGUUCGAGGAAUUUCCCGAGUGGCAUAAGAGUAUCUAUGUAGUGGACGAUAAGAACGCGGAGUUGACCGUGCAGACAAAUAAGGGGAGGGAGUCGAUGGUGUAUUUGACGUAUAUAAUCGACAACUAUUACCAUCUCCCGGAUGUAAUGCUCUUCAUCCACCCCGAACGAUACCAAUGGCACAACGACGAUCCCUACUACGACGGCCUCCGAAUGCUCAAGAACCUCCAGAUACCCUAUAUACAGGAACAGGGCUAUGUGAACCUCCGCUGUGUCUGGAUCCUGGGAUGUCCGGCCGAAAUCCACCCGCUCUCCGAUCUACACCGCGAAGACGUCCACGCAGGCGAAUACUUCAAGACGGGAUUCAUGGAGCUCUUCCCCGGCGCCACCGUACCCGAAGAAGUCGGCGCAUCAUGCUGCGCACAGUUCGGCGUGACACGGGAGAAAGUCCUGGAACGGCCGAAGAGCGAUUACGAACGAUUCCAGAAAUGGCUGCUAGAGACGCCUUUAAAGGAUGAUUUGAGCGGGAGGAUAAUGGAGUAUUCAUGGCAUAUGAUCUUCGGAAAAGGCCCAGUCCACUGCCCCAAAGCCGAGGAGUGCUACUGCAAGGUCUUCAACCAGUGCAAUCUCACCUGCCACGAAGAUGGAGGUUGCGUAGGCCGCUACUCUCUCCCUCCUUACUCCACUCUACCCAAGGGAUGGCCAUACAUCGGCUGGCAUGGACAGGAACAGGAUCCGAACUCGGACCAGCUCCCUGAGAUAUGAUAAUGUGAUAUUUAAUUUUUUUUUGGUUUAUUUUUUUGUCUAUUCGAUGAUUUGGGGACAAUGGCGCCCCAAGGACGGAAGUUUCUCCGUCUCUUUCUCCAUCUGCAUUUUCUUUACAUCUACUUCAUCUAGUACGGCUGUUCCAUAAAUAUUGAGCAUAGUAUACUUACAUUAGCUUCCCAACUGUCAAUCAAACUCAUGAGGACUUUUCCUUUUUGAAUGCGGAAAGCACGCUUAUUUUGUUAUAAUUCAUUGGUGUUCAGAUUUCUGGGUUGUUUGAUAUCAUAGAUGGAUAGAAUUUUAUGAUGUAUAUAUGCUUGUUGAUAUUGAUGUGAUGAAUUCUAUGUUCAUGAUUUUCUCUUCAAUCAAUGCCUAAUUUAAUCCUCGG